AUGACUGGGAUAAGAAUUGCUAUCGAUAGAGGUGGAACCUUUACCGAUUGUAUCGGUAACCCAGGAUCGGGAAAUCCCGACGAAGACGUCGUGAUCAAAUUGUUAUCCGUUGACUCAAAGAAUUAUCCCGAUGCUCCACUUGAAGGGAUUAGAAGGCUUCUCGAGAUUUUUCAAAAGAAGUCUAUUCCGAGAGGGGUUCCGCUUGAUUUGAGCGGUGUUGAAAGCCUUAGAAUGGGGACUACGUUAGCAACCAAUUGCGCUCUCGAGAGAAAUGGAGAGCGCUGUGUUUUUGUCACUACCAAGGGUUUUAAAGACUGUCUAUUGAUUGGUGAUCAAACUAGACCCAAAAUCUUCGACCUAGCAAUUAAGCGGCCAAAACCCCUUUACGAUCUUGUAGUCGAGGCCGAUGAGAGGGUCACCCUUGAAGAUUUCUCAGAGGAUCCUGAGAGUUUUUCAACCCAUCCAGAUCCUCAAAAAGGCGUAUAUAUUGGCAAAAGCGGUGAGAUUGUCCGAGUCCUGAAGAAACUGGAUAUUGGUGCCCUGCGAGCCGAUAUGCAGUCGGCAUACGAUCAAGGUAUUCGCUCUGCUGGUAUUGCAUUACUUCAUUCAUACACCUUUCCUGAGCACGAAGAAACUGUGGCUCAAAUUGCUUUGGAGAUUGGAUAUACUCACGUCUCAAUGUCAUCGAAGGUUUCGCCAAUGAUAAAGUAUUUGCCAAGGGCCAACAGUGCAGUUGCCGAUGCAUAUUUAACUCCGGUAAUCAAAAAAUAUCUAAGUGCACUACAGGCGGGUUUAGUCAAUGUCCAGAAUACAAGCAUACAAUUUAUGCAGUCUGAUGGAGGUCUAGUAGAAGGUAGCAAGUUCUCUGGACUCAAGUCUAUUCUUUCGGGUCCCGCUGGUGGCGUAGUUGGAUACUCUGCUACCUGCUACGACGCAGAGACUAAUAUACCGCUAAUCGGAUUUGAUAUGGGGGGAACUUCAACCGACGUAAGCAGAUUUGGGGACGGUAAAUUCGAUCAUGUAUUCGAAACAACAACUGCUGGAAUUGUCAUCCAAAGUCCUCAAUUGGACAUCAAUACUGUAGCUGCGGGUGGAAGUUCUAUGCUUUUCUGGGAAAACGGGCUGUUCAGAGUUGGUCCCGAGUCCGCAACCGCCGAGCCUGGUCCUGCGGCCUAUCGGAAAGGGGGGCCUUUGACAAUCACAGAUGCAAAUCUUUUAUUGGGUCGUUUGGUGCCAGAACUUUUUCCAAGAAUUUUCGGACCCAAUGAGGAUGAGUCCCUUGAUUUAGAAGUUACUAGAGAGAAAUUUCAGAGUCUUUCUGAAAGUAUCAACAAUGAUCUAGGCACUAGUUUUACUGUGGAUGAAAUUGCCCAUGGAUUUCUCAAAGUCGCUAAUGAGUCCAUGGCUCGACCAAUACGAUCCUUGACUGAGGCAAAGGGUCACGUAACCGCAGACCAUCAGCUUGUUACUUUUGGUGGUGCGGGUGGCCAACACGCUGUGGCUGUAGCAGAAUCCUUAGGAAUUAAUACUGUUAUUGCGCAUAGAUAUUCUUCCAUUUUAUCAGCUUAUGGAAUGUUUCUUGCUGACGUUGUGGAAGAAAAUCAGGAGCCUUGUUCGUUAAUUCUAGAAUCAAAAGAGACUCAUGACAAAAUUCUCCAAAGAUUCAAAGCCAUUAGAAAUGCCGCUAUAAAAAGCCUGCUCAAACAGGGCUUCACCCAGAGUGACUUGAUGUUUGAAAACUACUUGAAUUUGAGAUAUGAUGGAAUGGAGUCAUGCUUUAUGAUCAGACAAGUCGGUCAAGAGUGGAACUUCCAAGAAGAUUUUGUGAGUACCCAUAAGAGGGAAUUUGGAUUUGUUUUCAAUGAUAGAUCCAUAAUCGUUGACGACAUUAGGGUGAGGACAGUGGCUAAAUCGAUGGUACGCCUCACAAGCUCCAUUUCUCAAGAGCUCUCACAGUCAGUUGCUAAGAAGGUCGAUAGAGAAUCCGAGGCUACUUUUUACAAAGACGUUUUCUUCGACGACAGGCGAAUGCAGACCCCUGUUUUCAGGAUUGAAAAUAUGGCAGCCGGCAGUGUCAUUGACGGACCUUGUAUUUUAGCAGACGGAACCCAAACUAACGUCAUUCCAGGCAACGCCUCGGCAACAGUCUUAAGCUCACGCAUCAUCAUAAAAAUCAACUUUAAGAGUAAAGACAGCGAAAAAUGCCCUGAGGACAGGGUGGAUCCUGUUCUGCUGUCAAUUUUUAGUCACAGGUUCAUGAAUAUCGCGGAGCAAAUGGGUUCGCAGCUCAGGAAAACUGCGAUUUCCACCAAUGUCAAAGAGAGGCUUGAUUUUUCGUGCGCGCUUUUCGAUCCAGAUGGCAAUCUUGUGGCUAAUGCGCCUCAUGUACCCGUACACCUUGGGUCUAUGUCCACUUGUAUCUCAGCUCAAGCCAAACUUUGGAAAAGAAAAUUAAAGCGUGGUGAUGUUAUAGUCACUAACCACCCAGAGAUGGGUGGUACACAUCUACCAGAUAUCACUGUCAUAAGUCCAGCCUUUUCAAAUACUGAUGAUGAAAUAAUCUUUUAUGUUGCUUCCAGAGCUCAUCACGCUGACAUCGGAGGAAUUUUACCUGGUUCUGUCCCUCCAAACUCAAGAGAGCUGUACGAAGAGGGUGCGGCAAUAUAUUCAGAGCGGCUCGUCAGGGAAGGUUCAUUUGAUGAAGCUCUGAUAAGAAAGCUUCUGGUUGAUGAACCUGCCAAGUAUCCUGGAUGCUCGGGCUCGCGGAAAAUUAGUGAUAACAUUAGUGACCUGAAAGCACAGAUAGCUGCCAAUACUAAGGGAAUUCAAUUGAUCGGCAAGUUAAUGAGAGAUUUUGGGAUCGACGUCAUUGUGAAAUAUAUGGUGGCCAUUCAAGAGAAUGCUUCGACAACGGUAAAGCAAGCGCUCAAACAACUAGCCGAGCAUUUUGGUGCAACCGUAUUCGAAGGAGAAGAUUUCAUGGAUGAUGGCAGUUUAAUUAAGCUAAAGCUCAGCCUAGAUAUCGAGAAGGAAGAGUACACUUUUGACUUUGGAGGAACCUCACCUCAGGUUUAUGGAAACUUAAAUGCGCCAGAAGCAAUUACAAACUCCGCUAUUCUCUACUGUUUGCGCUGCUUAGUUGACAAAGACAUACCGUUGAAUCAAGGAUGUCUAAAACCCAUCACGGUCAAGAUACCUAAGGGCUCUAUCUUGAGUCCAACAAAUGGCGUUGCAGUUGUUGGGGGCAACGUCUUGACUUCGCAGCGAGUUACGGAUGUGAUCCUAAAAACAUUCAAUGUCAUGGCUGAUUCCCAAGGAGAUUGCAAUAACCUCACUUUCGGUGUUGGGGGAAAGAGCUCUAACGGCGAUGUUUCCAACGGAUUUGGAUAUUACGAAACUAUAUGCGGUGGGCAUGGUGCUGGCGGAGACUCCUGGAGGGGUCCAGGAUGGCACGGGGCAGAUGCUGUCCAUACAAACAUGACAAACACGAGAAUGACUGAUGCCGAAAUUUUUGAAAGGCGGUAUCCAGUGAUGUUGAAUGAGUUUUCAGUUAGACCAAAUUCAGGAGGUCAUGGAAAAUUUAAUGGAGGCAACGGUGUUAUUAGAGAUAUCUUAUUUCGCAAACCUGUUCAAGUAUCAAUUUUGUCAGAAAGACGUGUUGUUGCUCCACAUGGGUUAGAAGGUGGACAGGAUGGUGCCCGUGGAUUGAAUCUUUGGAUACGAAACGUAUCUGGAGCAACAACAAAUAUUGGCUCUAAAAACACUAUUAGUGUUGAACCGGGUGAUCGCGUGGUGAUAAUGACGCCAGGGGGUGGAGCCUGGGGAGAGCGUUCUUGA